UUCAGCGUUGAUUUCCCAUUUUCGCGACUCUCGCUAACGUGAAGCAUUUAUUUUAAUGUCGGAUUGGCAGAGCAUACCAUGCGUCGAAAGGCACAAAGAAUUCCUCGAGAAGAUUACUGCGAUUUUGAUCGAUUGCGCCUUCGAAAGUGUAUCCCGUGAAAAUCCAGUGUUGAGAUGGAGGGAACCAAAUCAUUUGCAAGAUAUUAUAAAUUUUAAUUUACAAGAGCAGCCCCGUAAUCAAGAUGAUCUUCUAGAGAUCGCGGCUAAAGUUUUUAAAUACAGCGUUAAAACAGGUCAUCCUUACUUUAUGAAUCAGUUAUUUUCUGGAUUGGAUCCGUACGGUUUAGUUGGACAAUGGCUUACCGAUGUAUUAAAUAGUUCAGUAUAUACUUACGAAGUGGCACCGGUUUUAACAUUAAUGGAAAAUACCGUUAUUAAAAAACUGUUAAACAUGUUUUACAAGGAUGAAAAUGGUUCUACGAUAGGAGAUGGUCUUUUCUGCCCAGGAGGUUCUUUUGCUAAUGGUAUCGCUAUCAACUUGGCACGAUAUUGGUUUAGAAAAAAAAUUCAAGAUGAUAAAAAUAUAUCAUCUACAAACUUGGUGCUUUUUACAUCCGAAGAUGCGCAUUAUUCGAUUUUGAAGUGGGGAAACGUUUGUGAUAUAGAAGUGGUUCUUAUAAAAACUGAUGAGUAUGGCAGGAUGGAUAUUAAUGAUUUGAAAAUUAAGAUAUUAGAAGAACAAAAAAAAGGAAAUUAUACAUUUUCUACUAUCGCCACUGCAGGAACAACAGUUCUAGGUGCAUUCGAUCCUUUGAUCGAAAUUGCAGAUAUUUGCGAAGAAUUUAACAUGUGGUUGCAUGUAGAUGCAGCUUGGGGAGGUGGUUUGAUAUUCAGUAGAAAACACAGUGUUCUUUUAAGAGGAAUACAAAGAGCAGAUUCUAUCUUAUUUAAUGCACACAAAUUAUUGGCAGUUCCUCAACAAUGUUCUUUACUCUUAACUAAACAUAAAAGUAUUUUUAAGGAGGCACAUUCUAAACAUGUUCCUUAUCUCUUUCAAAAAGACAAAUUUUAUCCUAUAGAUUUAGAUGUGGGAGAUAAGUAUUUACAAUGUGGACGCAGACCAGAUGUAUUGAAACUUUGGUUUAUGUGGCAGGCUAAGGGCACUUCAGGAUUUGAAAAACAUAUCGAUCAUUUAAUGAAACUAUCAGCUCUUUUUAAAGAAGAAGUGGAAAAAAGAGAUGGAUUUAAAUUAGUAACAAAUCCAUGUUUUAUAAAUGUUUGCUUUUGGUUCAUUCCAUCGACUUUAAGGAUUCAGAAUUCAAUUUACGAUUAUAAGAAAAGAUUACACGAGGUUGCACCAAAGUUAAAGGAAAAAAUGACUAAGAGGGGUAGUUUAAUGAUCAAUUAUCAAUCACUUCACGAAAAACCGAAUUUCUUUCGUUUUGUUAUUCAGAAUUCAGGAGUGGAUACACAAGAUAUUUUUUAUGUUUUCGAUGAACUGGAAAAUCUCGGAGAAUCUAUGUGAUAAUUUACAAUAUACAUAAUAAUAUUGUUAUUUGUUAAAUUAAUCUUUAUUUUAUUAUAGUAUAAUUUGUAAAAAGUAUGACAAUAUGAAAUUCUAUUUCCAUUCUGUGCUUUUUAUAG